AUGGUAAAUUCGUUAGCACUAACAAAUUGCAACUGGUCAAUACGAGUGAAGCACAAUCCUUUUGGAAAAAUGUGCAACACGACCGAAAUGGCACGAAAAUUCAAAAUAUUGGAAAAUAACGUUAGCAAUAGCUCGAAGAGUAAGCGGUUUUCGGACAUAUUGAUAUUCCAACAGAAAGGUAUCAAGCUUUGGGGAGACCAUGGCCAACUUGCUAUUGAGUCAUCGAAAGUGUGUUUGAUACGAGCAAGCGCGGUUGGAUGUGAAAUCUUAAAAAACCUAGUUUUGCCUGGUAUAGGCUCGUUCACUAUUGUCGAUGAUGCUCCUGUGACGGAGACCGAUUUGGGCUCCAAUUUUUUCUUGUCUGAAAAUGAUCUCCACAAGCCACGCGCCCAAGUUGUCACUCAGUGUUUGCUGGAAUUAAAUGAGGCUGUGCAAGGCAGCUACGUUGUUGAAAAAUUUUCUGCUUUGUUAUCGAAUGAUCCGCAAUUUUUUCUUGGCUUCAACGUUAUUAUUGUUACCGAUGCACGUGAGGGUUUAUUAAUACGUCUCAGUAGAAUUCUACAAGACACUUCGAUCCCAUUAGUGAUCUGUUUCACCGUCGGGUUUAUCGGCUAUCUACGUGUCUCCGCUACAGAGCAUGUGAUUAUCGAGUCCCAUCCAGAUGCCACCCGUCCAGAUCUCAGACUAGAUCGACCACUUCCAGGCCUUGUCGAGAUGGCCAACGAAGUGAUCCUUGAGAAAAUGACUUCCGAGCAGCUGGCUCACACACCUUGGUUAAUUAUUGUAUAUAUUUUCCUGCAAAAAUUCGUACAACAGCACAAUCACUUCCCGCAGAACCACGAAGAAAAGUCUAUUUUGCGAAAAAUGAUCAUGAAAGGUGGCACCGAAUUGCUCAAGGCGCUCAGGAUGCGGGAACCGAACCUUGAACCUUCCUACACACUGGAGAAUUUUCAAGAGGCCGGAAAAGCGGUUAACACCGCUGUCUGUCCCACGGAAAUCCCAGCCGAAGUACGUGAAUUACUAGAGGACGAACGCUGUACAGAAGGUGCUGUGAUAUCUCACAGUUUGGAUGGCACGAAUAGUUUGGUAUCCGUGCCUCCUCAGGCACAGCCUAACACAUACCUCCAUCCAGACCAAAUUCGUUCCGGUGCUCCAUCUUCUGUGGGGAUCGCAGUCCCCUCACCCACAACAUUUUGGCGUUUGGUGUGCGCCUUACGUGAUUUUGUCCAAAAUGAAGGCGAAGGUCAAUUGCCAGUUCGUGGGAGCAUUCCAGAUAUGUUAUCAGAUUCCAAGAGAUAUCUCAGACUCUUGUCAAUCUACCAAGAACGUAUGGAGUGGGCGGUACAACGUUUUGCUGCACGAUUGACACAGUGGAACUCUCCCUUUACAAACCACUUUCCAGAAAUUACACUGCAGGACAUUCGCCUGUUCGUACGAAACUCGGCCUUCCUACGUGUGGUUCGUUGCCGUUCUUUAGAGGAAGAGCUCAAGCUGUCACCCGCUCGGUCGGAGGAUCUUGCUCUGAUUCCAACACACGAGGAGAACGACUCUAUGUUGUGGUACCUAGUACUUCGUGGGGCUUCCAGCUUCCUCAAUGAAACCGGUCACUGGCCAGGAGAUCCAAACCCUUACAGUCCAUCUUUUCGCACAGACGUAAUCUCUACACCUAACCAUGUAUUAAAAACCGGCGACGGACAAUCAAAGGGACAGGUAAACGAUCGCACAACGGAGGCGACUGGAAAAGAAGUCGCAGAUUCUUAUGUGGUUGAGACGGAUUUGCCGGGAUUCCGCGCUCAUUUGAAUCGAAUUCUACGAGCUUUUGGUAUUGCUUCGCCCCUGGUUAGUUUGGACUACGUGAAUGAGAUGUGUCGAUUCGGUGGCAGUGAGCUGCACUCGGUAGCCGCUUUUAUGGGUGGUAUCGUCUCACAGGAGGUGAUCAAGCUGCUUACUCAUCAGUUUGUUCCGAUUACGAAACCUCUUAUUUACAACGCCAUCGCCCAACGAACAGAGUUGAUCGAUUUUUGACUGCAUUAGUGAAUCAUGUUCCCGUAUUCUUCAAUGUUAUUUAACUGUCCUCCUUUUCCCUUCUGUGUUAUGCAUUUGCAUGCCGUGA